AUGAGCAUGAGAGAUGUUGCUGCAAAGUUUCAUGUCAACUCCUUUAGCUCGAUUUCCGAAUGGGUGAAUAAGCUUGAUGAGUUGAAGAAAUCAGUAAAAUCUGAUAAAAAAUUAAAAUUAGAAAGCUUCACUCAAUUUCCAGAGCUAGAGAAAGAACUAGUUCAUUGGUUUACUGCAAUCCGUGAGCAAGGUAUUCAGGUUCUCAGAUCAACGAUUGAGGAGAAAGCAAAAAGUUUGGCGGCAGAAAUGGGAUUGGGCGCGAUUCGGCUGUGGAGAUAA